AUGUUUGAGGGUUUGAAAAUACUUAUAUCGGCUGAAAUAUCAGCAGCGAUGAAAAAUAGUGAUGUUAAAAUUAGUAGUGAUGUUGAAGUAAUUGCUAAUAAACUAUUAUCUUUGAACUUAUUUGAAGUAGAUAGGAGUGCAGCUCUGAAAGAAGUGAAAUUACUUAAACAAUCUAUAUGUACCAUUAAUGGAAAAUUCGCCGCAAUAAUCUACAACGUAUUGAGAGAAAUUUUUGCAAAAACCAAUGAAAAAUCACGUCAAGAGAAGUUUGACCAUUUGAUGGAUGCUUGCUAUGAGGAAAUAUUGUAUAAUUUCGAACUUCAAAAUGGAGGUGAAUUUAUAAAAAAGCCCAAUUUUAAUAUUCAGGUCAAACUGCUAUUACCUUUGGUAAAAUUUGAGCUACUAUUGAAAUAUGUAGAUAAUAAUAAUAAUAAUUCAACUGAAGUCAAGGAACUAAUAAAUAAUAUUCAACAUUAUUUUAAUUAUCCGAGAUUAAACCAGGAAGAUAUUUAUGUCAUAAUUGAAAAUAAAAUUGGCAUUAAUAAAGAGUUUAAUCUGAUUUCGUAUGAAAUUGUACCUCUAGAUACCAAAAGUGGCCUCAUGGGUGAAUAUUUCCAAUUAUUCAUCAACCUGGAAAACGAAAAACUUAUUUUUUUUGCCAAAUUUUUAAAUUUCAAUACCGAAAUGACAGAAUCAUUAUUGAAAAUGGGCCCAUCCAAAAAAGAAGAAUUUUUCUAUACGGUUUUUUUGCCUAAACUGAAAGAGUUAGGCUAUGGGGAAUUAUUGGAUUUUGCUCCAAAUUGUUACUUUUCCAGAGUGGAUGAUGUUAUUGUUCUAGACGAUAUGACUCAAGAAGGAUUUAUUGGUUUAACCCCAAACAGUAAGCUUGAUUAUGAGACUCUGAAAGUCUCUGUUGAAAAAAUUGCCAAAUUUCAUGCUUGUGGGUUUAUCCUUGAAGAACAUUUGAAACAAUCCGGACAAUCGCUCUACGAGUAUUACAAAGAAUAUUUACAAGAAGUUGUUUUUGAACCAGAAUCGGUUUUCUAUAAAACUUCUGUACCUCACAAUGAAAAAGUAUUUAUGUAUUUAGCAACAACAAAAUUUCCAGAUGUCUGCGCUAAAUAUUCGGGAGACAUUCUGAAGGAAAAAUAUGCAAAUGGGUGGAGACUUUUCACUGAAAAAAUUCGCAAAUCUGAAACAUUUAAAAACGGUAUUUGCCAUGGAGAUUUACAUAUAGGAAAUUUGUUAUUUCACUCCAAAUCUGAGAAUACAGCUUUAAUAGACUUUCAGAAUUUAAGAUACUGCCCGCCUGCACAUGAUUUAUUAUUAUUUUUGUAUUGUACGACAUUGAAAGAGACUCUUGAUACAUACCAAAACGAACUGAUCGCGUAUUAUCAUUCAGAAUUAACGAAACAUUUACGAAAAUUCAAUUUGGAAAUUGAAAACAUCUUUCCAAAAGAAGAAUUUCACCAAAGCAUUCAUUAUAUGAAAAGUCAAUGCAUUUUUCAUGCCUUUUUUUAUAAUUUAGUUCAAAUGAUCGAGCCGACGAAAAGGAAAGAACUUUUGAAGAACAAAGAAAACUUCUCCAAAUACACAGCUGAUGAAUCUAGUGGAGCCGAAUUGGGAUGGGAAGACGAAGCUUAUAGGAGAGUCAUUAAAGGAUUUAUGGAGUUGAUUAUAGAGUUGUGUGAUGAUGGACAUAUUUAG